AUAAACAAACAUGUCCGAUUCUACUCCUCGCUUCUAUUCCUACUCUACACAGCUCCGAUUCUUCACUCGCAUCCGACGAUUUAUCCAACUCAAGACCGCCGGAAAGUGUACCAAAUCCUCCGAUCGAUUUGAUAUGUCCAGAGCCGAUGAAGAAGAAGAAAAGAAAGAGGAACAGGAGAUUAUGGUAAGCGAAGGUGGCUGCAGAACUGAGGAAGACUUGAUCGUGUUGCAGAGAUCCGUAAAGCAACUUCAUUUUGGAAGCUUGGAAGAUAAAGACGUUGCCGCAAUAGAAAUCAAGAGAUUGGCCGCAGAGGAUCUCAAGACCAGGAAAUCGCUCGCUGCUCUCGGUGUUAUUCCGUCGCUCGUGUCGAUGCUUGAAUCCGACGUGUCAGCUCGCCGGCUACUAGCGAUUCAGGCUUUAAUUGAACUUGCUAAUGGCAGUCACACCAACAAGGCUCUUAUGGUGGAAGCAGAGAUCCUUAAAAAAUUGCCCAGAACUAACCUUGAUCUUCUAGAUGAGUUGGUGCGAAGAGAAUUUGCUACACUCCUGGUUUCUAUCUCUGCUCUAGCUACUGCUCAGUUCCCUAUUGCCUCAUCCGAAAUGCUCUCAUUUCUCAUUGGGAACCUUAAUUCAAAGGCAAGCAUUGAAACUAAUGAAGCUUGCCUAGGGGCACUAUACAACCUCUCCACCAUGUUGGACAACAUAGGACCUUUGAUUUCUAAUGGUGUGGUACCAACUCUAAUGAGCCUGUGCUUGGAAAAAGAAGCUACCGAGAAAGUUCUAGCGAUUUUGGGGAACUUGAUGGUGACUGUGAUGGGUAAGAAAGCCAUGGAAAAUGAUCCUAUGGUGCCACAGAGCUUUAUUGAGAUUAUGACAUGGGAAGAGAAACCCAAAUGUCAGGAAUUAGCUGCUUACAUUUUGAUGAUCUUAGCAUAUCAAAGCUCAGCACAAAGGGAGAAGAUGAGACAGUUAGGAAUUGUUCCUGUUCUUCUUGAAGUGGCUUUGUUGGGGAGUCCACUAGCUCAGAAGAGAGCAUUGAAAAUUUUGCAAUGGUUCAAAGAUGAAAGGCAAACAAAAAUAGGAGCCCAUUCUGGGCCCCAAACAGGAAGGAUCAUUGUUAGUUCCCUGAUAAAUCAAAGGGAGAGCAGGGAAGGGAAUAAAUUGAUGAUGAAGAGUAUGGUGAAACAAAGUCUAGACCAGAAUAUGGAAUUGAUUACAAGGAGAGCAAAUUCUGCUACUGAUUCUUCGAAUCUCAAGUCUUUGGAUAUUUGCUCGAGUUCUAAGAGCUUACCUUAUUAAAGAAGACAACCAUACCUUGUCAAUUUUCAUGUAUGAUGGCUGUAAAUUAUGUGAAGAAAGAAGACUACUAAAUUCCCAAAUCUUGUCCCAGUAGGCCAUCGUGGAAGGAAAACUGAAAAUUAAUGCAGCAUUGC